AUGCGGGCAUUCGUCUCCGGAUUACCGGGUUAUUCUGCAGCUACAGCGCUGGAGCCGGACAAGUUCGAUUACCCGGAAUGGCACUGGUGGUUUACUUUACUCACGGGGUUUCAAUGGCUAUCGGAUAGCCAUAUGAAGUCCUGGGCCACCAUGAUGACUCACCGCCUAGCAACGCGACCAGAGUUGUUUAAAAAUGAUAGGAUCUGCUUCCUUAACAGCCAUAUCACUCAAUUUUGGGAAAGGGACUGGCCCAGGUUUCAGAGAUGUCAAAUGCUGCCUCCUAAUUCGCUGGACUGGUACUUUGGUAAUCUCCCGAAAAGCCAGCCCAGCAAUAAGCGAUGGGGUUAUGAUGUUGAUGAUUUAUUCAUUCCAUUGAAUAUCAAGAAUAAGCAUUGGGUCGCGCUGCAUGUCUCCAUACCCAAAAGGCACAUUACCAUCUACGACAGUAUGGUGGACUGGCUCGAUGAUGCGGAAAUGGACUUGUUGGUGGAACCCUAUGCGGUGAUGAUGCCGAAUCUUAUGCACUCCGCGGCUCAGGCUGAGGACAAAUGCGUCUACUUCGAUGCGAAGUACACGCACAGCCGUCCGAGUAAGGAUGUGCCGCAGCAAGUGGGGGCUGGAGAUUGUGGCGUGUUUGUCCUCAAGUUCAUCGAGUGCCUGGCAGUCGGAUAUGCCGCAUUUCCGAAGACGUUGUGUCAGAAAAACAUCACCAUGUUUAGGGAGCAGAUUGCGUCUGAUAUGUACCAUGAGAUCAACUGCCGUGGACCGGUCGAGGACCCAGAUGAUUGGGACAAUGUCGAUUUGUAUGACGAGAGAUUAUGA